CUGGGCUUCCGGAAGCCGCAGUGUUACAAGAAAAGCAUCCCGCGGCUGCAAGGCACAUUUUGGACUCUGGAACGUUUGAUUCCGGUCCACGCUCCACGCUCGCGGCGCCCAAGAACUGGGAAGAGUACUGGGCCUGCGGCAAUGGCGGCUGCGCCGUUUCUGAAGCACUGGCGCACUACACUGGAGCGGGUGGAAAAAUUUGUGUCGCCACUCUACUCUACCGACUGUAACCUCCGCGGCAGGCUCUUCGGGGACACCUGUCCGGUGGCCGCGCUCUCUAGUUUCCUGACGCCUGAGAGACUUUCCUUCCAGGAGGCAAUCCAGCAGGACUUCCGCCCUGCGCAGGUCGGCGACAGCUUCGGACCCACGUGGUGGACCUGUUGGUUCCGGGUGGAGCUGACCAUCCCGGAAUCAUGGGUGGAUCAGGAGGUUCACCUCCGCUGGGAAAGUGAUGGAGAAGGCCUGGUAUGGCGUGAUGGGGAACCGGUUCAGGGUUUGACCAAAGAAGGGGAUAAGACCAGCUAUGUCCUGACUGAUAGGCUGGGGGAAGGAGACCCCCGGAGCCUGAUCCUGUAUGUGGAAGUUGCCUGCAAUGGCCUCCUGGGGGCCGGGAAGGGCACCAUGAUUGCAGCCCCAGACCCAGAGAAGAUGUUCCAGGUGAGCAGGGCCGAGCUGGCCGUGUUCCACCGAGACAUCCACAAGCUCCUGGUGGAUCUGGAGCUGUUGUUGGGCGUCGCCAAGGGCCUUGGGGAAGACAACCAGCGCAGCUUCCAGGCCCUGUACACAGCCAACCAGAUUGUGAACGUUUGCGACCCUGCUGAGCCUGAAACCUUCCCAGUGGCCCAGGACCUGGCCUCCAGGUUCUUUGACCAACGUGGAGGUGAAAGCCAACACACCAUCCAUGCCAUGGGGCACUGCCACAUUGAUACAGCCUGGCUUUGGCCCUUCAAGGAGACCGUGCGGAAAUGUGCCCGGAGUUGGGUAACAGCCGUGCAGCUCAUGGAGCGGAACCCUGAGUUCAUCUUUGUCUGCUCCCAGGCGCAGCAGCUCGAAUGGGUAAAGAACCACUACCCUGGCCUGUAUGCCCGGCUCCAGGAGUUUGCCUGCCAUGGGCAGUUUGUGCCUGUAGGGGGCACCUGGGUGGAGAUGGAUGGGAACAUUCCCAGUGGAGAGGCCAUGGUGAGGCAGUUCCUACAGGGCCAGAACUUCUUCCUGCAGGAGUUUGGGAAGAUGUGCUCUGAGUUUUGGCUGCCAGACACAUUUGGCUACUCAGCACAGCUUCCUCAGAUCAUGCGCAGCUGUGGCAUCAGGCACUUCCUGACUCAGAAACUGAGCUGGAACUUGGUGAACUCCUUCCCGCACCAUACCUUUUUCUGGGAAGGGCUGGAUGGCUCCCGUGUGCUGGCUCACUUCCCACCUGGUGACUCAUAUGGGAUGGAGGGCAGUGUAGAGGAGGUACUAAAGACCGUGGCCAAAAACCGGGACAAAGGACGGACCAACCACAGUGCCUUCCUCUUCGGCUUUGGGGAUGGGGGCGGUGGCCCCACCCAGAACAUGGUGGACCGCUUGAAGCGGUUGUACAAUACAGAUGGGCUGCCCAGGGUGCAGCUGUCUUCUCCGAGGCGACUCUUUUCGGCGCUGGAGAGCGACUCAGAGCGGCUGUGCACAUGGGUUGGGGAGCUCUUCCUGGAGCUGCAUAAUGGCACCUACACCACCCAUGCCCAGAUCAAGAAGGGGAACCGGGAGUGUGAGCGCAUCCUGCACGACGUGGAGCUGCUCAGCAGCCUGGCCCUGGUCCGCAGCGCCCAGUUCCUGUACCCAGCAGCCCAGCUGCAGGGCCUCUGGAGGCUCCUGCUCCUGAACCAGUUCCAUGAUGUGGUGACUGGAAGCUGCAUUCAGCUGGUGGCAGAGGAAGCCAUGUGCCACUAUGAAGAUAUCCGUUCCCAUGGCAACAAACUACUCAAUGCUGCAGCUGUAGCCCUGUGUGCUGGAGAACCAGGUCCUGAGGGCCUCCUCAUUGUCAACACACUACCCUGGAAGCGGACUGAAGUUUUGGCCCUGCCCAGACCUGGGGGGGCCCACAGCCUAGGCCUCAUCUCCAGCCCUGGUGACAGUGCCCAGCAUGGGUUAUGCUCCCGCUCCUGCCCCCACCUCACCGCAGCCCCUGCUGCCCCAGCAGCCUGUGUGUGUUGUGCAAGAGCGACUGCCAACUCAGUGUCAAGGCCCCCUUCUGCCAAGACUGACGGUUCUGUGACUCUGGACAAUGGAAUCAUCCGGGUGAAGCUGGACCCGACUGGCCGCCUAUCAUCCCUGGUGCUGGUGGCCUCUGGCAGAGAGGCUAUUGCUGAGGGUGCCGUGGGGAACCAGUUUGUGCUGUUUGAUGAUGUCCCUCUGUACUGGGAUGCGUGGGAUGUCAUGGAUUACCACCUGGAGACACGGAAGCCAGUGCUGGGCCAGGCAGGGACUCUGGCCGUGGGCACUGAGGGCGGCAUGCGGGGCAGUGCCUGGUUCCUGCUACAGAUCAGCCCCAAUAGCCGGCUCAGCCAGGAGGUUGUCCUGGAUGUUGGUUGCCCCUAUGUCCGCUUCCACACUGAGGUGCACUGGCAUGAAGCCCACAAAUUCCUGAAGGUGGAGUUCCCUGCCCGUGUGCGGAGCAACCAGGCCACCUAUGAGGUCCAGUUCGGGCAUUUGCAGCGGCCCACCCACUACAACACCUCUUGGGACUGGGCACGGUUUGAGGUGUGGGCCCACCGCUGGAUGGACCUGUCAGAACACGGUUUUGGGCUGGCCCUGCUCAAUGACUGCAAGUAUGGUGCAUCAGUUCGGAACAGCGUCCUUAGCCUCUCGCUCCUGCGGGCUCCAAAGGCCCCCGAUGCCACUGCUGACAUGGGGCGCCAUGAGUUCACAUAUGCGCUGAUGCCGCACAUGGGCUCCUUCCAGGAUGCUGGUGUUAUCCAAGCAGCCUACAGCCUCAACUUCCCGCUGCUGGUGCUUCCCACCCCAGGCCGGGCACCUGUGUCUGCCUGGAGCGCUUUCACUGUGUCCUCCCCUGCAGUGGUGCUAGAGACAGUUAAGAAGGCAGAAACCAAUCCCGAGGGCCGCGUGCUGGUGCUCAGGCUGUACGAGGCCCAUGGCAGCCACGUGGACUGCUGGCUACACACUUCGCUGCCAGUUCAGGAGGCCAUCCUCUGCGACCUCCUGGAGCACCAAGACCCUGCUGGCCACCUGCCCCUUAGGGAUGCCCGCCUGAAGCUUACCUUUUCUCCCUUCCAAGUGCAGUCUCUGUUGCUAGUGCUGCAACCUCCUCCUGAACUGAGUCCCUAAGGGUGGAGACUAUUUGUGGAAAGUUUUGGGGGCUGCCUUCUUGGCCCGAAGCAAGGAUGUGUGGCCUCUUGAGCAAUAAAUCCUUGUCUCAGGAACCCAGCUAGUAACUCCUGCUGUCUCCCCUUAGGGCCCAUCUUCUCCAUUUGUGGGGAGAAGGCUUUUCCCCAGGGAUUUUCCCCAGGGGCAAAAUCUAAGGCAGCCUGUGUGUACAGGGUCUGGGUUGUAGCCCCUAUGAGAGUGAAGAUAUGAUGACGACAAGAUAAGAG